AUAGCAAUAUUUGUGUUAUGUUAUAUAGUAGUAGUAUAUGUACUCAUCUCCAAAUUAUACAAACACAAGAAAAACACUGACUCACAUAAGUUCCCGACAGUUCCAAAUUACUAGGUACCCGUUGAUUGUGGGAUUAGAAACAAACAACAUACUAGGAAUAUAUUUCACUCUGAUUUUCACUUAACUGAACUUUCCUUAACACAGUGUUACUCUCUUCUUGUGUUGUUGCUGUGUUAACUUGGAGUGAUAUUAGAGCUGAUUCAGUUGAAUUUAGGUUUGUAUUCACUGUGAUAUCAUGGAAUCUCCACAAUCUAUUGUGUCACCAUUCAAGAGCAUUGUCCUAGGAGAUGUUGAGAAGUAUAAGUCUGAUGUUUUAACACAAAGCUCUAGCCCUUUGUCUAAGGACAUUGAAGUCAAUGGAAAAGAAACUUUUGUUGUGUCUAAUAAAGAGGAAUUCAUUGGUGUAGUUGAUGUUUACAUACAUCAAGCUAGAGACAUUCAUAACAUUUGCAUAUAUCACAAGCAAGAUGUUUAUGCUAAGAUUUGUUUGACUAAUGAUCCUGAAAAUUCUGUCUCUACUAAGAUUAUCAAUGGUGGAGGAAGGAACCCUGUGUUUAACGAUAACCUUCGUCUAAGUGUUCGGACGGUUGAUUCUUCUCUCAAAUGUGAGAUUUGGAUGCUGAGUAGGGUGAAGAAUUAUCUUGAAGACCAAUUGCUUGGUUUUGCUAUGGUACCUUUGUCUGAAGUAUUGAUCAUGAAGGAUGGAAAAUUAGAGAAAGAGUUCUCUCUUUCUUCAACUGAUCUAUUCCAUUCCCCGGCCGGUUUUGUUCAAUUGUCACUUGCUUACAACGGUGCUUCCCCCGAUGUUAUGGCUAUUUCUGCAAUGCCUACUAGUGAAUUAGACCAAAAUAGCACCGAAAAGGACUCCGAAACACGCGAGUCGAUUGUGAGAGAUUUAGAUAAAAUUGAAUUCCCUGACCCGAAAAUUGCAAAUGAAGACCACUUAAUGGUUUCGGAAUACUUUGGCAUACCAUGUGAGGACAGUAAAUGUACUGAUAGCUUAACCACUACUGAUACUGAAAAUCUCAGUCCCGAAGCCGGUGUUCAACUUGUCAAAAGCUUCUCAGCAUGCAGUGUUGAAUCUUUCCAACCUCAUAAGGUUGAGUCUCCACCUAGCAGCAUGUCGACAAAUGGAGUUUCCUCUCCUUCGGCAGCUGCAAGAUCAGAUGAGCAAGUUUCUGGCACCAAAGAGAAAAGUGUUGAUGUAAAAGACAGUGAGAGUGAUUCGACAAACACAUUGCAUAAUGAGUUAUUUCCAAAGCCUGCUGUGAGUGUGAAAAUUGAGCCAGAACCAAAGAUGGUGCAGCAGGAUAUUGUAGACAUGUACAUGAAAAGUAUGCAGCAAUUUACCGAGUCAUUGGCGAAAAUGAAGCUUCCUAUGGACUUUGAAAAUGGACCAACUAGUUCAGGAAACUCGAGCUCCGAACAGAAACUACAGGCGUCGAAAAGCAGUAACUCGCGCGUGUUUUAUGGUAGCAGAGCUUUCUUCUGAGACAUUUGCUAAGGUGACAUAGUUUUUAGAACAAAGAAAACUGAUAUCAGUAGUGAAAUGAAAUAAUGUAGUAUGAAUGAUCAAGUGUGGUAAUGGUUCUCUCUUUUUGUACUUUGUUUUCUUGAUUAUGUUAAAGGUAUAAUAACAUGGAAUACUUUAACUGCUAUAAGAACUUUUCUGUCUUAAA